AUGAUCGUGGGCACCAGGAAGACCCGGAGCGUUGUGCUGAAGAACAUAGGCAUGGCCAAUUUCACAUUCUGCAUCCGCCAAACACCCAAGCUUGCGUCUACAAAGCGCUCGACAGGAAAGGAAUCAAGCUUGUCAACACCGAGUCACCUCAAUCUGGGCGCGUUCACGGUGUCCCCCUGCUGUGGCUGCAUCCGCCCGUGUGGCCUGCAGGUGAUCAAAGUGGAGUGCCUCGCAGGGCAGGAGGGCACAUGUGAGCAGCAGCUCUACAUCGACAUCAUGGGCAGAGACCCCAAGGACAACCCCCUGGGCAUUCCCUUCUCCCUGAUUGUCGAGUCCUGCCUCCCAGCACUCGUUCAGGAUGUCACGUCAGUCUUCAAGGACUACCCGAUCUGCAGCAGCGCCGACCUUGAGUACAAGCUGCAGUCGCUGGAAGGCAUGGGCCUGUUCGUCAGAGAUGAGAACAGAUUCAUUUUCAACAAGGUUCUGGUUGGGCAGGAGGCAGAAGCUCAUUUCAGAAUUUGCAAUGCAGGCCGUCUGCCAUGUGACGUGGCCCUCUCCAUCCUGCCUGGAGAGGAACAAAUCCCUAUCAACAAUAUUUUCAAUCUGGAUCCUGUCAAGAUGUCCAUUCGUGGCUCAUCCUCUGCCAUUGCUACGGUGACCUUCACCCCGCCAGACAAGCAGAGCUACGACUGCACCUUCAAGGCUUCCCUUGUCAUCCCCAAAGGCUCUGUGGAAGUUCAACCCCAAAUUCUGACCUUCACCAUCAGUGGGAAGGGGCAGGAGCUGCCGGUGACAGUCGUGCGCCCCAAUGCUCGCAGCAAGAGGGGAACGGCCGUGCUGCGCUUCAAGAGGCUCCAGCUGGAGCAUUCAGAGAUGCUCCCCCUGGUCCUCCGUAACAGUGGCACCAAACCUGUCAAGUUUAUGUUACAGCUGGAGGAUGAGCACGGAGCGUUCUCCUUGAAAGGCAGGGCCUUCACAUUCAAGACAGUCCUCACUGGAGAUAUGGAAGAGGACUCCGUCAGAAGCGAGACCAAGCCCCCAAAGCAGACUUUCAUCCUUCUGCGUCAUGGGCAGUCGGCACAGUUUAAGGUCAUUUUCAAACCCACCCUGGCUCAACGUGUGGAAGGGAAGAUUGCUCUGGUAGUGGGGGACAUCUGCAUGACCCUGGUUGAGCUGGUGGGUGAAGGCCACAACGACGAAUUCACCCUCGAUGGAUUAAAGGAAGACACCCAGGAGAGGAAUGCCAAGAGCAGUCUGAGGAAAGACAUCAUUGAUGCUGUCAGAGUGAACCACAUCGAGUUUGGGCACUGUCCUGUCGGGAAGCGCUGCCGCAGGACCUUCACCAUCACCAACCGCACCCUUACGCAGGCCAUGCGCUUUGAGUGGGAUGCAGACGCCCCGUUCCAGUUCUCCCCCAAGGUGGGACACCUCCAUCCUGGCUGUGCCAAGAACAUCGCAGUGAUCUUGAGAUCAGAUGUCCCAGUCACCUUCAGAAGGCACCUUGUGAAAUGUAAGGUGACCAAGAUCAACUUUGAGCUGCCACGAAGGAAGGUUCUAGACUGGGACGACCAAAUGCGCACUGUGACGGUGAAGGAUACCACGUGGAAAGACCCAGCAGGCAGGUGGCCUAAAAAAGAGAAGGUGGUUGAGCCAGUCCUGGAACCAGCUCACACUGUGGUGGAGGAGAGCAGCCAGGAGGCUGAGGUGUACCUCAGUGCUGUUGUUGCCCACGCCCAGUUCAAACUGAGCACAACCGUGGUUGAGUUCAAGGACACCUUGCCCUUCCAGACAAGGACAGCCUUUUUCAGGCUAUGCAACACAGGGAAGAUAGCCCUGGAAUACUCCUGGGAGGAAGCUGGAGAUAGUGAAGCAGCGAUGAGGACUGCUCUGGCACGUAAUUUCCUCUCCUCUGAAACUUUAAGGCGUUGCAGAAACCUGCUGCAUCAAUUUGGGUGGCAGCAGGACCAUGAAACUCAGGCUUUUGAGCUACGGCUGCUGCAGCGGCUGGCCAAGCACCUGCAGGAUUCCAAGAGGCAGCAGUUCGAGGAGCAGGACCAUCCCAAGAAGCUGCGCAACUCAAAGCGCGUUGGUUCCGCCCUGGAAAUCUUCCCAGACGCCAUCUAUGACCUGCCACUGUUCUCCAUCAAGCCCUACCACGGCAUCAUCACUCCUGGCCAGAAGCAGGCCUUCCAAGUGCAGUUCUCCCCAAAGUGCGCGGGGAUGUUCCAGACCACCCUGCUGUGCAGAAUUUCUAACCUGAAUCCAGCUGAGAAGAUGAGGCAGGUGACUGUGAAAGGCAGAGCCUUGGAGCAGAAGAUUCUUGGUAGGGCAGACGGAGAAAGGCCAGGGAGCCAAGGAUCAGGUGCCCUGGAAAGCAGCACCUGAGGGACAGCAUUUGUGUCAGCUGGAGCUCCUGCAGGAGGCAGCA